GGUCUUUAUCCAAGGGAAAUUUCGCCAUAAAAUCCCUUUUUUCGUGAUUUUCUCGAGUGGCUCGCUUGCCACAUAUUUCACACUUAGUAAACCGUUUUCUCGGUGGCAUUGUAACAAACUCGUUCUUUACUCUGAUCACGGUUCACUAUUUUCGAUAUUUUCACUAAAUAAUAAAUAAAAUAAUAAAGGAAUUGCACGAAAUACCCGAACAAAACAUUGAAGCCUUCAUAACACACAAAACAAUUAGGCUGACAGUUGACUUGAUGUAAACUUGACAGAAUAAAUAGCACUGACGUUUUAUUUUUCUUCGUUGGCAAAGAUUUGCGAAACAAGUUCCAUACAAAACUUAUUUUGUUCUUAGUUGCGUCAGCCUGCUGACAACCAGCUGUGGCACUGCAAUGGCGGAAGGAUUCAAUGUGUGCGUGUCACGAAUGUGUACCUAGGCGGAUUGAGUAGAUUUUCUCUAGUUUGGUAUGAAAACUUUUCUUGCUCGGGGAUAAGGUUCAAUCUAGUAUGGCAAAAGAAGUGAGAGCGCCCUCCACUUUAGGUACAACUUCAUGGAUUAAUAUCGUAUUUUACGUUAUAUUGUAUGUCUAUGUAUUUUACGAAAGAUAAUGUGUUAAUUAUUUAACUUAUGUAUGAACAUUUAUCCUGCCUCUUUUUUUCUUUCGAUCGGUAUAAUUUUUCAACAUUCGACCACGCAUGCUGGCGUAUUUAAUUUUUUUCUUCGAACAAUUAAUGCACUGAUGACGUUUCAAUUCGACUGACACGGCAGAUUGGUGGAUGAGGCCAUAGAGAUAACUGUCAAUGUUAGUGCACAUGUACACAGGCCCUCAAGUCCAUACAAAGAAAAAAAACAUGUACGCAGGUACCUAUUGUAAUUAGACCUAGACAGAUAUCUACCAGCUAAGAUACAUUGAUUGAGUAAGAUGUGUAAAAUCUAAUAUUUAAUAUAUAAAUAUUUUUCGGUAAUUCUGAUUGUCAAAAGUUGAAGUUUGACAAUUCAGUGACCGCAAAACGUAUAGCGCAGUACAGCGCCAUCUGUUUUGGAUGUCAAACUAAGAGACACGUUGUUUCUUAGAUAUAUACCUCUCUAUUACAAUCAAUUCUCUUUGCUACCAGCUUUCCUGUUUUAUUCCAACAGGUUUUUACGUGUUACUCUAAGCAUAUAAGUUUGUUAUAAAACUACUUUGUUUAUUCUGUAGCAGUCCUUUGAAAGAGGCAGUCAAUUUUACAGAAGAUGACAAAACUGAUUUUAAUCCUUUGUUUCCUUAUUAGUGGUGUUUUGCUGUAUGACACACGAAUAUGCAAAACUAUAAGAACAAGGAUUCUUCACGAAGGGGACCGUUUCGAGCCGCAGAAAUGCUUCUUCUGCGAAUGUCGAAAUCAGACUCUGAGCUGCGAUGACCAGGAGCCAGAUGCCUGUGCUGCGCCGCCUUGCGAUCCCGCGAUACAGGUCUCUAUUUCGGACAGGUGCUGCAAGAUUUGCCCAGGGGUAGGAUCUCGCUGUUGGUUCAACGGGAUGACAAUCGAGGAUGGAGAAAGCUUCCAACUAGAUCCUUGUGGUACAUGCAACUGCCAAGAUGGGAAGCUGACAUGCUCCGAAGAGUGCCCGAGCGGAUGACUUGACUUGGAAAUUGAACAGAUUUAUCAUUUAAGUAUACCAAACAAAUUUAACGCAUAAGUAGAUACAGUAGGAGAUUUUAUAUAGAACAUAAACUGGGGCAGAGGUUAUUCAUAACCUAUGGUUGGUGUUUUGUACUUUACUGCAUGGUGAUUCUUUUGAAAUAACUCUUGAAAAGUAACCUUGAAAGUAACUCUCUGGCGUCUCAAGUAUCUUUUUUUAAAUUGCAGUACGCGUUACGGUCUCAAGGUAAGCCCUACUAAAACUCAGGUUAUGGUGAUAGGUAGGUAGCUCAAAGCUUACUGCCCGGAUUGAUUUUGGCUCUCUACCUGCCACAAUGUUUCAUGGUAUUCAGAUUCCCUUCUCCAGGUAAGGAAUCACGGUGUCAUGAUGGACCAGAGUCUCUCUUGGGCACCUCAGUUGAGUGAGGUUAGUAGGAAGAUGUUUGCUGCAAUUUCAUCACUCCGCAGACUUCGAAAUUUCUUGCCUUACGCCACUAAAAUUGCGCUAGCUCAAUCUCUCUUACUGCCCAUAUUACGAGUAAAUUAAGCUGACAUUUGCUAUCUCGACCUUACGAAGGACCAGCUGAAUAAGCUUGAGCGCCUCCAGAACCUCUGUAUAAGAUUUAUAUUUGGCUUGCGCAAAUAUGACCAUGUGUCUCAGUUUCGUUCUCAGCUCAAGUGGCUUCCUAUUCGUCUUCGCCGUGGCUCUCAUGUUCUUGCCCUACUUUAUAGCGUGCUAAAUAAAUAAAUAACAAAUAAAUAAAUCAAUAUUAUAGGUCAUUAUUACACAAAUUGACUAAGUCCCACAGUAAGCUCAAUGAGGGUACUUAGACAACGAUAUAAAUAAUAUAUAAAUAUUUAUAAAUACUUAAAUACAUAGAAAACAUCCAUGACUCAGGAACAAAUAUCCAUGCUCAUCACACAAAUAUAUGCCCUUACCAGGAUUUGAACCCAGGACCAUCAGCUUCGUAGGCAGGGUCACUAAUACCCACUAGGCCAAACCGGUCGUCAAAUAUACAUCUAAAUAGAUAUUUCACUAAAAACUUUUUAAAUGAUUUAUAUUGCUGGCUGGAUGUUGGAUGUCGUAAA